AUGGAACAUAGCCUAAAAAAUAAUCUCCCUUUCUCCCCUCCAGGCAAGCAGACGUGUCCUUCGGAGAAGUUUGACUGUGGCGGCUCCACCAACAAGUGUGUCUCGUUGUCGUGGCGAUGUGAUGGCGAGCGGGACUGCGAGAACGGGGCGGACGAGGAGGACUGCGCCGCCGGAAACAAAGCCUGCCCGAAAAGCCAGUUCCAGUGUGCCAACCGCAAGUGCCUGGCACCUGUCUUCGUGUGUGACGGCGAUGACGACUGCGGCGACGGCUCUGACGAACUCAAAUGCUCCGACCGCCACUCGCCGACGAACACCUGCAGCCCGCACGAGUUCCGCUGCAAUACCUCGGAGUGCGUGCCCGUCGUGUGGAGCUGUGACGGCGACCCCGACUGCCCCGACGGCUCUGACGAGUGGCCGCAGCGUUGCGGUGGUGAAGGUUCACAUCCACGCCGCAGGGUGAACUGUACGAUGGAGGAGUUUCGGUGCGCCAACGGGGAGUGUGUGAGGCUGCCGUGGAAAUGUGACGGCGAUCCAGACUGCAAGGAUAAGUCAGACGAGGCAGAAUGUCCCCUACUGACGUGCAGGCCAGAUGAGUUCCAGUGUGGGGAUGGCUCCUGUAUCCACGGCACCAAGCAGUGUAACAAGGUCCAUGACUGUCCUGACCAGAGUGAUGAGGCUGGCUGUGUCAACGCCACUAAGUGUGAGGGUCCCUUGAAGUUCCUGUGUAAGAACGGAGAGUGUAUCGACAGCGCCAAGGUGUGUGACAAUGUCAAGGACUGCAAGGACCGCUCUGAUGAGCCCAAGAAGGAGUGUGGGCUCAACGAGUGCUCACUCAACAACGGCGGCUGUUCUCACAUCUGCCAGGAUCGACCAAUAGGCUACGAGUGCCAGUGUCCCACCGGGUACAAGCUACUGGACAAGAGGACGUGUGGAGACAUUGAUGAGUGUGAGAACCCCAACGCCUGCAGCCAGAUCUGCAUCAACUACAAGGGAGACUUCAAGUGUGAAUGUUACCAAGGCUAUGAGAUGGACCCCGUCACCAAGACCUGUAAAGCAGAAGGGAAGUCUCCCUACCUGCUGUUCACCAACCGUCAGGAGAUCCGUCGUGUAGACCCGGUGAAAAGGGACUACCGCCAGGUGCUUGCCACCCAGAAGAAUGCUGUGGCGCUGGACGUAGACGUGGCUAAUAACCGUCUGUUCUGGUGCGACCGCUUCCACCGUAACAUCUACAGUGCUCUGAUCCCAGAGGCGGGCGACCCGUCCCAGCAGGUGACCCUGGUGGACUCUGGCUCUCUCCUCUCCCCUGAGGGCCUGGCCCUGGACUGGGUCCAACACAACCUCUACUGGACCGACUCGGGCCACAAGACCGUCUCGGUGGCCUCGGCCUACGACGGCCUCAAGAGGAGGGUCCUGGUCGAUACGGAGCUCAGCGAGCCCAGAGCCAUAGCGCUGGAUCCACAGCAUGGGUUCAUGUACUGGACUGACUGGGGCACCCGGGCCAAGAUAGAGAAGGCAGGGAUGAACGGGGUGGACCGACAAGUCCUGGUGUCAGACAACAUUGAGUGGCCCAACGGCAUCACCCUGGACGUAGCCAACAGGCGUCUUUACUGGGUCGACUCCAAGCUGCACCUAAUCUCCAGUGUGGACUUGAACGGGGCUCAUCGCAGGACACACCUGUCCUCCUCAGAGAGACUGGGACACCCCUACGCACUGGCCGUGUUCGAGGACCGUAUCUACUGGACAGACCGGGAGAGAGAGGCGGUGUACAGCGCUAACAGGCUAACGGGCCAGGACAUCAGCACAGUGGCCGAGCACCUCAAAGACCCUCACGACAUAGUGGUCUUCCACCCGCUCCGCCAGCAACCAGGCCCAGACAGCUGUAACCUGGGCAGUGAGGACAACGGUGGCUGUGAGUACCUGUGUCUCAAAGCCCCCCAGAUCACAGAGCACUCCCCCAAAUACACCUGCGCCUGCCCCACAGGACAGGACCUGGGCCCCGAAAUGCGUGCCUGCAUGCCAGCAAAUGAGACCACUACCACAUCAUCACCUGUGGCCAUCACCACGGGCGCCAACGACAAGGUCUCCCCUCACACUUCUGGGUUGUCCCAGGCAGACGCCGGGGUGCCCCACCUCAUCCCAGCCCCCUCCAGCACCCCAGAGCCCCCCCCUAGCUCAAAACCUGGGGUGGAGGAGAAGGAAGGCCGUGGUUUGGAUCCCACUGCUGACACCAACAUCCUGGUCACCUCCACCACAGUAGGCUUCGUCGUCAAGGAGGACAGCAACCUCUCCCACCACUCUGGAAGUGAGCAUUUCCUCCUGGGUGAGAACCUGACAGUGGCAGUUCUGGGAGUAGUGAUCCCCAUAGUUCCUAUUGUUGCCACAGUGAUCUUCGGCCUGCUCUGCACCGGCGUCUACCUGGUUUGGCGGAACUAUCGCCAGAACGCCACCAAGAGCAUGAAUUUCGACAACCCUGUCUACCGCAAGACCACAGGCGAGGGCGAGGAGGACGAGAUUCACAUCGGCCGGACGGAUGGCAUCAUGGGCGGCCACCACGGGCACCACCCGUACCCGGCCGGAGUGGGGUGUGGCGUAGUCGGCGGGGGCGGAAAUACAUGCCCACAGUUCAUUGCGCUGCCACUAGGUGGCAGUAUGCCUGAUCCGGGGACUCAUUGGUACACGGAGCAGCCUAUGCUGUCUACUACGGCGAAAUGAGUAUGGAGACAAGACAAGAUGGCCGCUCAGGAGGUUAAGGUUCAAGAUGGCCGCCGCUCAGGCACACGCACACACAGUACUGAGGUUACAGGUCACUCAAGCUGACUGACUUGUUGAAUGGAUGGACAUAUGAUGUUAUGAUAUCAUCACAUCCAGCCAUUAAAGUCCAUGAUGUGCCAGUUCAUUACACAGGAUCAACAGUUUUACACUUUCUACGUUUUUAAAUGUGAUGUCAGAGUUUGGGUGGGUUCCAAUUGAAUUCCUGUCAAUUUAGAAAAUUGAUAAGAAUUCAGUUCAUGAAUUCUCUACGUAUCAAUUGAAUUUAGAUACAUUUCCUCACUGGACUUGAAAAGGAGUCAACUCCAAUUCUGUAUGUUUUUCAUCCACUUUUGAUCAAUCUAAGCAGUAUUGAGCUGUGUUAUAUGUCUCACAUUUAAGGGCGAGAGGAGUUACAAAAUAUUAUUUUAAUCCUUGACGUUGUAAAUUUAGGCUCUCCAUUUUAUUUCCCUGGUGGAACCUCCAUUUUCUGGAGAGACUUUUUAGGAGGAGGUUUAAACCACGGCAGCACCUUAGUAGAUGGGACAAUCUGUACGGUUUUAAGAUAUUCAUUUAACAUGUUUUAUUGCUCACCUCAUUGUUACUAAAGAUGUCAUAGUGUUUAGUUAUUCUGGUCGGGGCAUUUGUCUUGGAGUGGAGUGAAAGGUUUAAAAGAGAGUGUGUGGGCUUGUGUGUGAGUGUGAGUUUGCUUGUCUGUCCCAGCAUUUGUGUGUGGAUUUACGUGUGUGUGUAAACCUGUGUGUGUACUUUCUCUCGCCAUUGGAGAGGAGUUUUGCAUCCUUGUUGCUAUCCUGUGAAGUACAGUUGAGCCGUGGCAGAAACCUCUUUGAUGUUUUCUUUAUUGAACCACAAAGGCUAUCAGAAGGCAAGCAGGGAAUAGGAGGGUCAAGGAGAGAUUUUGGUGGGAUCCAAGAAAAAACUGAAGGCUUAGCGAGAGAAGCCUUUGUAGUUAUUAAGGGUGGCCUGGAUUUAUAGGCCCAGUGAAAAUAUGUCUAAUUACCAGCUAAUGGCCAAGGGUAUCUGUGUUAGGCAGGAUAAUGACAACAGAGUUGGCUGAAGCAGAAAUAGCCAGCUUUCUGGCUAGCAUGCUGAUUAUCAAGGCUAAAGCAGAAAUAACUAGCUUUCUGGCUAGCAUGCUGUUUAUCAAGGCUAAAGCAGAAAUAACUAGCUUUCUGGCUAGCAUGCUGUUUAUCAAGGCUAAAGCAGAAAUAACUCGUUUUCUGGCUAGCAGGCUGUUUAUAAAGGCUAAAGCAGAAAUAGCUAGCUUUCUGGCUAACAGGCUGUUUAUCAAGGUUAAAGCAGAAAUAGCUAGCUUUCUAGGUAGCAGGCUAAUGUGUAUCUAGGCUAAACCAGAAAUGGCUAUUGGCUACCAGGCUAAUUGUUAGCUAUUAUUCUUCUCUCCUUUUUAGCUGUUUUCCAUGGCCAUAGGGUAUGUGGUUGGUAAAUGUGUCAUCUGUUUUUGGUGAUUUUAUUCUCCCAUCUGCUCUCUUUGUCAGUAAACUCAUACACACACAGUCACUCACCCUCGAUAGAUCACACAAAGGCAUGCAUAUUCACUCACCCUUCACAAGCACUCCACAAUGCCCCUGUCCUCGUUCUUUGAGCAGAUGUCAUUGUGAGCUUUCAUACAGGAGGACAUUAGUAGGAGGUCUAUCAUACAGGAGGAGGUCAGUAGGUCUACCUAUCAUACAGGAGGAGGUCAGUAGGUCUACCUAUCAUACAGGAGGAGGUCAGUAGGUCUACCUAUCAUACAGGAGGAGGUCAGUAGAAGGUCUAUCAUACAGGAGGAACUCAGUGGGAGGUCUAUCAUACAGGAGGACAUUAGUAGGAGGUCUAUCAUACAGGAAUAACUCAGUAGAAGGUCUAUCAUGCAGGAGGAACUCAGUAGGAGGUCUAUCAUGCAGGAGGAUCUCAAUAGAAGGUCUAACAUACAGGAGGAACUCAGUAGGAGGUCUACCUAUUAUACAGCAGGAUCUCAGUAGAAGGUCUAACAUACAGGAGGAUCUCAGUAGAAGGUCUAACAUACAGCAGGAUCUCAGUAGAAGGUCUAACAUACAGGAGGAACUCAGUAGAAGGUCUAACAUACAGGAGGAUCUCAGUAGAAGGUCUAACAUACAGGAGGAACUCAGUAGUAGGUCUACCUAUUAUACAGCAGGAUCUCAGUAGAAGGUCUAACAUACUGGAGGAUCUCAGUAGGAGGUCUAUCAUGCAGGAGGAACUCAGUAGUAAGUUGAUUGCUGACAAAAGGCUCCUGUCAGGUGAGUUGGUGGCCGAGGCCACGUGGCAGAUUUAGACUUUGUCCCAAAUGGCACCCUAUUCCCUUAAUAGUGCACUACUUUUGACCAGGACCCACAGGGAAACCCAUAGGGCUCUGGUCAAAAGUAGUGCAGUAUAUAGGGAAUAGGGUGACAGUUGGUAUGCACUUCUCAACAGUAAUGAGGUUCAGUCAGGUUGGAUCCUCCUGUUAGUAAACACGGCCCUCCUUUAUCCCCCUCUCUUUUGUCCCCCUCUCCUUUUGUGAUGUCUGUUACACUAGUGCUCCGCUGUGCUGGGUAAAUAGACAUUUCAGAGUCCCUUCCAUUGUUGUAUUUUUGUUCACGGAGACCGACAGGAGGGAAUGGGAAUGAGUGAGAUGGAGGGUGUGUGUGUGUUUUGUUUAUGUUCAUCCCACAGCCAUAUUGAAAACUUUUUGUAGGCUCUUUGUUGCACAGCCGUCUCAGAAUGCCUUCUAUGAUGUGUGUAUUGCAUGGGGAGGUGUGUGUGUGUGUGUGUGUGUGUGUGUGUGUGUGUGUGUGUGUGUGUGUGUGUGUGUGUGUGUGUGUGUGUGUGUGUGUGUGUGUGUGUGUGUGUGUGUGUGUGUGUGUGUGUGUGUGUGUGUGUGUGUGUGUCAGGGUGAGUGCACAUGAAUUUGUGUAUUUGGGACCGGAGUAGCUGGCGGGGGGGUUUGAAAAUCAUGAUUUGUAAAUACAUUGUCAUAUUGCAAAAAAAAGUUUGAUAAAGUAUUAUACAAUUGUGUAAAAGAAAAAGAUGUACAUAAGAUUUUAGAUAAGAAAAAAAUUGUUGAUGACGGUAAAUUAAUUUAUUUGUAUAAAAGAACACUGUAUUGCCUGAUUGUACGAAAUAUGAAUUAAUAACCACCAAAGUGUUUUGUGUUGUCGCUUGGUCUUGUUUUCAUCUGAUAUCCUUUUAUUUUUCCAAUUUUUAUUUUAUUUAUUAGUACAAGUCAUACAAGGUGGUUCAUCCUCAAUAUUCUCAAUAUCAUCUCAUUGUCUUUCAUCCUCCUCUGUUUAGAAAAUGAAUUGUUGUUUUCUCGUGCCUUUUUUUCUUCUUUAGGUCUUUUUUUUACACUGUUUUGCUGUGGGAGGGAGAUGGGUUCUUAUGUACAUGAAAAUAACAUCUGUACUCAAAUUGCCAAAAUGGUCUGUCACCUUUUUAUUAUUUUCUGAUGUUAUUCUUAAAUAUUUCUAUAUAUUGAUAUAUACAAUUUUAUUGAA